GUUAGAAGGCGGAGAUUGUCUGUUGUUGGGCAAUAUUUGGAAAAGUAACAGUCAGACACUAAUCUCCACACACACACAAAAAUGGGAAACCGAGAUGACGAAUACGAUUAUUUAUUCAAAGUUGUGCUGAUCGGAGACUCCGGGGUGGGCAAGAGCAACCUUCUCUCGCGCUUCACCAGAAACGAGUUCAACCUGGAGAGCAAGAGCACCAUCGGAGUGGAGUUCGCCACCCGCAGUCUGCAGGUGGACGGCAAGACCAUCAAGGCUCAGAUUUGGGACACGGCCGGACAGGAACGCUACCGAGCCAUCACCUCGGCGUACUACCGGGGCGCGGUGGGCGCUCUGCUGGUGUACGACAUCGCCAAGCACCUGACGUACGAGAACGUGGAGCGCUGGCUGAAGGAGCUGAGGGACCACGCCGACAACAACAUCGUCAUCAUGCUGGUGGGAAACAAGAGCGACUUGCGACACCUCAGGGCCGUGCCCACCGACGAAGCGCGGGCAUUCGCUGAAAAGAACACGCUGUCGUUCAUCGAGACCUCCGCCUUGGACUCCACAAAUGUGGAAGAAGCCUUCAAGGACAUCCUCACAGCGUGUCUGCUUCCUUCGCAGAAAUCUACCGCAUCGUGUCCCAGAAACAAAUAUCAGACAGAUCGGCACACGACGACUCCCCGGGCAACAACGUGGUGGACAUCAGCGUGCCGCCCACCACUGACGGACAGAGGGGCAACAAAGUGGCAUGCUGCCAGAAUUUGUGAACUCUUUCUUUCACACCCCCGCACCCUCCUCCUUACUUCGACUUCAUUCACAUUCCCAUUGACCCUGUCGCGUUGAGAGCGGCGGCGAGGGUAUGUGAAGCGUUUCCUGAUUCCCAGACAUCGGAAGUGUGGAAUCCUACGCCCCGUUUCGGAGCAGACACGAUGCCCGGAAGCAGAGCGGUCGUGACUGUCUUGACCCACAAGUAUGAAAGCGAUCCAGUUUUUAUCACACACACACUAAAGCAGGACACAUGCAAUCAUGAGCAGCUGCUUUUCAAGAUUCUAAAAUCAAACGUGAGGGAAUUAAUGUUGAUAAAAGCAUACGAUCGACCACACGUUGGCAUGUCCAAUCAUUUCCAUGUUUUUUUUUUUUUUCGCUGCUCUCUUCCUAAUAACAUUUCAAUGGUAAAAUGAUUCACACGCUCUCUUGAGCAAUAUCCCGUAAUUGUUUUAGUAGUGCAGGGAAGGGUAUGCGUGACUUGUGUGUGUCAGAUAUAUUUCAUGUAAAAAUUGCUGAUGCAUCAAUAAAGGCUAUGGCAAAUGUAUUUUU